AAGAGAGUGUGGUUCUUGUCAGAAAUCAAUGGACAGUCUUUAUUCGUACACACUCGAUGACCUAUAUGAUCUCUUGGGUCAUCAUUGCAUCGUCACACUAAAGGAUUCGCGUCAUAGCUCACGGGAAGGAUUUCUCCAUUCAGUCGAUCCCACAUCAGGCAAUGUUAUUCUCCAGAAGGAUCAACAUUCAGUAGUGGUCAUGGGGCAUUACAUUGCCACUCUUGAUAUUGAUCGAGAGUCGAAGAUUCCUCUUGAGUCUAUGGAAAUGCCUAGUGUAGAGGCAUCUUGGUUAGAAGAUCGCCGAGCAAAGAUGAUCAAAUACCUCGAAAAACACCAUAUUCCAUUUAGUGAGGUUGCAGAUGAUUCUGCAAUUCACGUCUUGGGUUGUGCACGUGUAGAGACACCCUACACGGCCACCAGCGUGUUCUGUGACAAUGCCUUGAUACGAAAGCGCGUCCGUGAUUUGGUCAUGGGGCUACCGUGUUGAGCAACAGGAGGAAAAUAUAAUAAGAAUAAGAAUAAUAAUAGUAACAAUAAUAAGGGUGAAGCAAGAGAAAACCACAACCACUAUCGAUUAUAAGGCAUUCCAAUAAAACUACAAGCUGUUUUACAGCCAAGC